AUUAUUCUUAAAAAAAAUACCGAAAUGUGCCUUAUGUGUGCGGGAAGAAAAACGGUUGCCUAGCAACGAUAUGUUGCGUUAGCACUAGCCUGUUAGCAGCUAACACAGGUACUCGAGCUUCCAUGGCGUCGUGAUAGCUGCUCAGGAGGGAAAUAAUUGAGCUGUUUAUAAUAACUAGCUAAACUAACUAGCUAAGUAAAAAACGUUUCGCGGCCGAUUUGGAUGCGGUUAAUUGAACAAACACGUUUAAAAGCUCGUUAGCAGAAACAUGAACAACAGUGAACGUUAGUUGCUAGCGAGCUAAAGCUAUGUAACCUAGUUAAGAAGCGCAGCUGAUCUGGUGCAGAAGGUGUAGCUAACUUCUCUUUUCUACAUCAUAUUUCUGUGCGGAUGGCUGUUACAGUGUGAGAAACGGAUCAAUAGGUUACAGUUCAUUGUCUUCGACUUCAGUAAGCAUCAGUUACCAGUCAUGCUGCUGUCUCGGGUAAAGCCAGCGGUUGGGGGAGACACAGCACUGAACUCCAGCGAGAAGAAAAGGAAAAACAAAAGCAGGAAGACCCCCCGGUUAGAGGACUAUCUGAACCAGAGAGAUUACUUGGGAGCCCUCACACUGUUGGAGUUCCAGCGGAAUGGAGGGGCAGCAGAAGAGAAUACUGACCAGUGGAUUGGCUACUGCGCCUUUCACCUCGGAGACCACAAGAGAUCUAUGGAGGAAUAUAAGUCUCUGACUCUCAAACCGGACUGUCCCGCUGAGGUCUGGGUUCAUCUGGGCUGCUCUCUGUUUUUCCUCGGCCUUUAUAAAGAAGCAGAAGAGGUGGCGCUCAAAGGGCCAAAGAGUCAGCUGCAGAACCGGCUGCUCUUUCACUUAGCACACAAGUUUGGAGAUGAGAAGAAGCUGAUGGGGUUCCACCAGAACUUGGAGGAUGUAACGGAGGAUCAGCUGAGCUUGGCCUCCAUACACUACAUGCGCUCUCACUACCAGGAGGCCAUUGACAUCUACAAACGCAUUCUACUGCAGAACAGGGAGUUUCUGGCGCUGAACGUGUAUGUGGCUCUGUGCUACUAUAAGCUGGAUUACUACGACGUGUCUCAGGAGGUUCUGGCUGUUUACCUGCAGAACGUUCCAGACUCUGCUAUAGCGCUCAACCUAAAAGCCUGUAACCACUUCCGACUCUACAACGGCAAAGCUGCUGAAGCGGAGCUGAAGAACCUGAUAGAUAUCUCCUCCAGCUCGUUUGAGUUUGCGAAGGAGCUGAUCCGCCAUAACCUGGUGGUGUUUCGGGGAGGGGAGGGAGCGCUGCAGGUUCUGCCCCCCCUUAUCGACGUCAUCUCUGAGGCUCGACUCAACCUGGUCAUCUACUACCUCAGACAAGAUGAUGUUCAGGAAGCGUAUAAUCUGAUUAAAGACCUGGAGCCCACCACUCCACAGGAGUAUAUACUGAAGGGAGUGGUGAACGCUGCUCUGGGGCAGGAAAUUGGAUCUAGAGAUCAUUUAAAGAUUGCCCAGCAGUUUUUCCAGCUGGUUGGCGGUUCAGCUAGUGAAUGUGACACGAUCCCAGGUCGGCAGUGUAUGGCCUCCUGCUUCUUCUUACUGAAACAGUUUGAGGACGUACUCAUCUACCUCAACUCAGUCAAGAGUUACUUCUACACUGACGACACUUUUAACUUCAACUACGCUCAGGCUAAAGCUGCUUUAGGGAGCUACAAAGAGGCAGAGGAGGUGUUCCUGCUGAUCCAGAGUGAAAAGAUUAAGAAUGAUUAUGUGUAUCUGAGCUGGCUGGCCCGAUGCUAUAUAAUGAACCAGAAAGCCCGGCUGGCGUGGGAACUUUACCUGAAGAUGGAAACUUCGUCCGACUCCUUCAGCCUCUUGCAGCUCAUCGCAAACGACUGCUACAAGAUGGGUCAGUUCUAUUAUGCAGCGAAGGCGUUUGAUGUUUUAGAGAGACUGGACCCGAACCCUGAGUACUGGGAGGGGAAGCGGGGGGCCUGCGUCGGAAUAUUCCAGCUAAUCCUGGCAGGAAGAGAACCCAGAGAGUCUCUGAAGGAGGUGCUGCCCAUGCUGCGCAGCACAGGGAACCCGCAAGUGGAGUACAUCAUCCGCAUCAUGAAGAAAUGGGCCAAAGACAACAGAGUUGCUCUCUGACCCAAUGUUUACACAGCCAGCCCUGUUAGAUCCAGCUUAUUUUCCUAUAUAUGAUCUAUAAUAACUGUGUAGAGAACAUAUUCAUUAAUCUUUCAAUUCUAGAAAUGUGACCAGUUUUGUAAAAGUAUUUAUGAAACAGAUGCGUUACAUGCACUUUGUUAUUAUAAAGCAGCAUAAACACACAUAUUUUUGCAAAAAAAGCACAUUUAUGGUUGUGUAUUGUAAAACAGAAAGACUGUGGGAGGUUUUUACACAUUAAAUGCAGAUACAAAUAAUAUUUGUUUUGCUCUUUGGACAGUGUUUCUGUGCAUUCUGGCCUCAUAUUCUGGACAUCUGAUGAUACGGAC